UUUCCCAGCUCUGGUGUGACACUAGCCCUAUGCUGAUAGGUCUCUCUGUACAUUUUAGUUCUGGCUGUAAACCUGUUCUGACCAGGGGUAAUAGGAUUUGGGGAUAAGGGUGAGGUUUGGCUGCAUCACUUGCAUUUCUAGUCAUGAAUAGCAAGAGGCAGGGUUCAUGUGUAAUACAACAUCAGGGGGAGGAAUUGCUUAUGUAACUGGGACAGCAGAUUUAGCGAAAAGAGAGAAGAGGCAGAGGCUGAGAAUGGGAACAGUGAGCUGUCGGCAGGGACAACACGCCCGGGCGGCUGCUCUUCAUGAGCAGGGUGGCAACAUCCAGGGCCCCUGGGUCCGAGGCUGGAAGAGCCUCUGGUCAGGUGUGGGGACCACCAGGUCAGGCCUGGAAGAACUGUGGGGACUAUUGGGGCAUCAGUGCCAGCACCAGAAGCCCCUGGAGCCAGCCCCACCGCUAAUAGAGAAGCCUCUGUCUGAGUGGCCAGUGCCUCAGAUCAUCAACCUCUUUCUGCCGGAGUUUCCCAUUAGGCCCCUUAGGGGGCAGCAGCAGCUGAAGAUUUUAGGCCUUGUGGCUAAAGGCUCCUUUGGAACUGUCUUCAAGGUGUUAGACUGUGACCGGAAAGCAAUAUGUGCAGUGAAGGUGGUGCCUAAGGUCAAGGUCCUCCAGAGGGACAUCCUGAGGCAAUGCAAAGAGGAGGUUAGCAUCCAGCGACAGAUCAACCAUCCUUUUGUACAUGGUUUGGGGGACAGCUGGCAGGGAAAACGGCACCUCUUCAUUAUGUGCAGCUACUGUAGCACAGAUCUGUACUCCCUGUGGUCUGCUGUUGGCUGCUUUGCUGAGGCUUCCAUCCGUCUCUUUGCUGCUGAGUUGGUCCUGGUGCUGUGCUAUCUCCAUGACUUGGGUAUCAUCCAUCGAGAUGUGAAGAUGGAGAAUAUCCUUCUGGAUAAACGAGGUCAUCUGAAACUGACAGACUUUGGUCUGUCCCGCCACCUGCCCCAGGGAGCUCGAGCCUAUACUAUCUGUGGCACUCUUCAAUACAUGGCCCCAGAGGUCCUGAGUGGAGGGCCUUACAACCAUGCUGCUGAUUGGUGGUCCCUGGGUGUCUUGCUUUUCUCUCUGGCAACUGGAAAGUUCCCAGUGGCUGCAGAGAGAGAUCACGUGGCCAUGUUGGCAAGCGUGACCCGCUAUGGCUCUGAGAUCCCAGCUUCUCUUAACCAGGGGCUUUCACUUCUGCUCCAUGAGCUCUUAUGCCAGAAUCCCCUCCAGCGUCUACGGCAUUUGCAUCACUUCCAGGUCCACCCUUUUUUUCGGGGUGUGGUCUUUGACCCAGAGCUCUUACAGAAGCAGCCAGUGAACUUUGUCAUGGAGACCCAAGCUACCCAGCCUAGUCCAUCAGAGUCCAUGCUGUUCAAGGACUUUGACUAUAACCUGGAAUCCUACCUUGUCCACUCCAGCCCUGCUUGAGGCCUUCUACUAUAGAUUGAGGGGCCCAUUUGGGAACCUGAAGAUCACAUCCACUACCAACUCAGUAUGACUGCCUUGAUGAUCCAGUUUGUUUUUACUUUGUAAUCUCGUAUCAUUGUGUUCUUCUUCUAGGCAUUGUACCAGAGUUUAAUUCUUGGGCAUUCUGCUCCUGGCAGCCAUAACCGGCCCGAGUCCUUCCCCCAUCAUACAACCCGUCUCUCAAUUCAUUAUCUCAGAUCAGAGUGUCAACCUUUUUCUGUUUCAUUUCUCCAGUGCUCAAACCCUGAAGCUUUUAGCCGGAGGCUUGUCUCACUUUCCCACUUUUUUUCUGCAUCAUUUUUCCUUUCUUGAGCAAUAAUAACACUUCAUGGGUUUCCAAGGUGCUAUUUAUAUGUUUAACAGGCUCUUCAGAAGCAGUGUGAAUAUUUCUCAGAGGUCUCAAAAGCUGGCAUUUCAACUCCAAUAUGUAUCUAAAUCAUAUGAUUCUGGGGGCACAAAACCAGUCUGUAAUGAGUUUAAUUU